CUCAGCUGUCAAUGUUGUUACUUGAUUUCAUUCAGGAUUUUGUGAAUAAUAGAUUUCACUAUUUUACGACUAAUCGUUUCAUUUAAACACCCCAAAUAAUACUUUAGACAUAAGCAUAAUGGCUGGAAUCAAAGGUUUGGUGUCCCUAGCAUUCACUGGGUCGAUUGGAAUGACGUUCGUUAUAUUGGCAUGUGCUCUACCAACUUAUGAAAAUGUGUGGUGGCCGUUCUUUGUGGUGUUGUUCUAUCUGCUCUGUCCCAUGCCGACGAUGUUGGCUAGGCGAUACACAGACAGCGCCGGAGGCACCAACUCGGCCUGCAUGGAAACUGCCAUAUUUAUUACCAUGGGACUCAUCGUCAGCUCGUUCGCACUGCCGAUUGUUCUUGCACAUGCACAUAUUAUAAAACUAGGCGCAUGCUUGCUCACUCUAGCCGGGAAUGUCAUAGUCCAUCUCACUAUCCUUGGUUUCUUCACAAUCUUUGACAUGGACGACUCAGACUACGCGAUGUGGUGAGAAAUCUAAAACCACAACUUUAACAUCUCCAAAUGGUCCAUGAAUCGAUCAUCGGCAAAAGAUUUUUGUAUUUUAAGGUAUGUUGUGGUUAAGUCGACAUAUACUUAAGUCUGAACGUUUGAUACUGAUUAGGUAGAGUGAUCUGUCGAUCUAAGUUUUUAAAUUAGCUCCCAAAUGUUAUAAAUGAUAAUUAUGUGCAAUUUGUUAUGCCUUAUGUGCUGAAGCUUUGGCAUGCCUACUCCAAUACAGAUUAAACGUUGGAUUUUUAAAUGUCACUGAGUGUGUAACUCUUCCUGUGUAAUUAUUUUUAUAUAAAUUAUGGUAUGAUUACCAUUAUACACUAUUUCUGUACUAACAUUUGAUGUAACCUUUUUCUAUGAACUUAGAAACUCAACUUUUUUUUCAACUCUCAAAUUCUAUGUUCUCGCUCAGUAUUAUUUUGAAUUUGUAAAUUUUCAUGAAAAAGUUAUACCAACCAGCUUUAAUUCAACAAUCUUGUUUAUGUGAUUGAAAAUUGAAAAUUGCUAUUUUUCAUUAGGAAUGCAUUUGUAUGCAUUUGAGCUUCUAAAAAAUAUACAAAGAAAAAACAAAUAAUGUUUACCUACUGGUUAAAUUCUAAUGUAUAAAAUAAUAUGAACAAUGUUUGUAAAAUCUUAAUAAAUACAGUAAAGGUUUGUGAGAUAUUAGGAUAUGGUAAUAAAACUAUGUAAUAUUCUUUUUAAUCCAACAGAGUAUUUUAAUAUUUCGUUGUAUCCAUUUUCCAUUAAACCUCCAUGUAACAGACUUUUAACUGUUGUUAUUGAUAACUUAAAUAAAUAGUAGCAUAUAAGAAAAUUAUAGAUUGUAUUUUUAUAUUUUCAGAUUAGGGGUUUAUUAUUGUUCUGCUGACUUUGCAAAACUCUAUGCUUAAUUUACCUAUUUCUGUUUUUAAAACCAAAGUUUCGUAAAUAUUUUUGUCUAAACACUUUUUUUUUUAUCAACAACUACCUAUUUAUAAAAUUAAUUGCAGUAAAAAUUGAAUAUGGGAUUUACGUAAAAUUAUUUGUAUUUACCUACACUAAAUUUUAAUGUUGUUUAUACUAAUGUUAAUGGAUAAGUAAUUACUUAUA